AUGCCAAGAAAGAAUUCAGCGCAAAAAGUUAUAUACUAUGAAGCUGAUCGUAUACUUAACGAGAAAGUAGAGAAAGGUAAAAAAUACUUUUUGGUUAGAUGGGAGGGUACAGACGAUCAUGGAAGAAAAUGGGCGUCAACAUGGGAACCAGAAAGCUUUUGUAAUGCUGAAUUAAUUAAACACUGGGAAGAAACAAAGCCUGCUACUACUACUACUGUUGAUGAUAAUGAGAAGAAAGGGAGAUCACCAACUCUUAACAAUUUUAGUGAUAGUAGUAGUUUUAAAACAACAACAACUCCUAAUAAUAAAAGGAAAAGAGAAACGUGCAGGUUGAAUAUUGACUACAGUAGUGAAGAUGAUAAUAACGUUAAUGUCGGAAAAGUGGAGGAAAAUAUUAAUAGCUAUACUAAGAAUACGAAUAGUUUGUUACACUGUGAUCAAUUCAAUAAAAGUCCAGCAAAUUUAUUAAAUUAUAACGUUUCGAUACCUACAACAAUAACAUAUUUACAGCAAAAGAUCUAUCAUAAAAUAAUCAGUAAUCCGGAAUUAUACGAGUGUUUAAACGAAUCAGAGUAUCUAGAAAGACCAGAAGCCAGAUCUUUGAUAUUGAGUGUGCAUAAUUCAUUAUUAUCUGUUCUUAACCAUGUUUCUCUUUAUAUCUCGUCAGAUUUAUCAUCAACAUUGCAUAAUUGGUUUAGAAAUGAAAACCAAUGUGGUAAAUUGAUUGUUUUGAAAUACUUUUUAAGUAUUUUAAAAGAUUUGGAAAUAAACUUUAGAAUAGGAAUUUCAGUUCCUGUUUUGAAAAUGAUGGAUAUUAUGAGUGAUUUUUUGAGGCGAGAAGGAUUCCAAUGUAUGCUUUAUAAUCGCAAUUAUGAGAAUAAGAAAGUGAAUGAUAAAAUGAUUUUUUAUAUAUUUGUUACAGAUGAAGUCAAGUCACUUGAAUGUCAACAUUUUAAUUUUGUAAUAGCCUAUGAUCCAAGAUUUAACACAAAGAAACACUUAUGUGAAUCUAGAUGCAACAACAAUCUGCCAGUAAUUAGAUUAAUCACCAUGAAUACUAUUGAACAAUCCAUGUUUCCUUUAUGGGUUCAUGACGAAGCACCAAAACUAUUAGAGCUAUCAUGUGCUCAGAUCAGGGACAAAUUAACAUUUGGAAUUCAACAAACAAAUCAAUUUAUUGAAAUUGGGACCGUUCCUAAAGCUUAUGAUUUUCGUCGUAGUUGUGAAAGAGUGGUUAGUUGGAUAAAUGACAUUGAAGAGAAAAAGAAUGGCAGCGAUCUCAUUUCGUCGAUUAAAAAAAUUUUAUGA